GCAACACUGUUAGAGUUCUCGAGCUUGAUGUGGCUCCAUUAGUAAUGAUAAAAGUUUAUCGUAUAAUUUUUCGAAUAAAAAAACUGUGUGAUGGUGUUCGAACGAGAAUUUUAAAGUGAAGAAGUAUUUACGUGAAUAAUUAUUAUUCUACCAUUCAGUUAAAUAUUGGUUACUAGUAUUAUAUGACACGAGCUAUUUGACACGCCAUUUUAUGUGAAUACUUCACGUUGAGGAUGUGUGUAUAAUGGGAAUUUGGAAUAUAAAAUAGGUUUUCAAGAAAUUACAUACAGCUACUUCAUUUCUUAUGAAGUACGUUGUUAUGUCUGCGAAUCAGCUUAUGAUAGUAGAUGGACAACAGGUGAUAGUGAACCAGCAGCCGCAAAUUGCAUAUCAUAAGAAUCCAACAGCUGAAAUAAUAACCAUUCCACAACACCAAACCCCAACAUAUUACUACAUGGAUAAUACCGGAAGUAUUCCGACACAGGUAGAGUCUGUCGAAGUGCAGCCAAUUGUACUCAACCAUAGGCUAGGAAGUCAGAUUUCUCUGGUACCUAGAUCUUUGAAAACACCAAUGGUAGCUCAACAGUUCAACUUGAUGCAGCAGGUCCAGCGUCAACUUUGUCCAACAAAAAUUGUGAGACCACAAAUAAGUCUAAUAAAUAAUCAGCUACAACACACCAUUCAAAAUUCAAAUCAGGAGCAACAAAGCCAGCACCUUGCAACUGUUGGUUUCCAACAAAAGCGAGUAGAUAAUAUAAAUGAUCAACAUUCUGUCACUAUUGAAAGAACAAAUCAGACAUUUAAACAACAAAGUUCACAGUUUCAGAAAACGGAUUCGAACCCUGGUGCUGAAAUGAAUUCCAAAGUAAAUUCUAUACAGAAUAAAGAACCAGAACAAGAGACUGUCACUAUGAGUGAUGGAAGAGUUAUGGGAGUGCAAGCAUAUAAGGAACUGCUGAUGAAGCAGCAACAGCAAAGAUUGAAUGUUAUGCCUGAUGUCAGUGUGAAGAAGCCAAGAGGUCUCAAUAUAAAUAGACCUCGUCAAAAAUUACCCAAUACAGGAAUUAUGAACAAAAACAAUGCAAAAUUCAGUUUGAGGCAGGACAAUUCAAAUUUGGAAAGAAGUGAAGCUCCUCCUGUUAAUUCUCAAUGCUUCCCUGAUAAUUCCCAACUCCAAUAUAGACAAACACCUCAAAUGGACUCUUCUAAUAGGUCACUGACACAAACAACACAAUAUCAACAGAAUAUGAAUAGUCAACAACAACAGCAGAUGGUGCAAAAUUCUUCUCCACAACCUUUGUCAUCUCCACAGCCAGUGUCUCAGCACAAGAUGGCAUCAAAUUCGUCGCCACAGUCACUUCCAUCUCCUCAAUCUUUGACAUCUUUACAACCACCACAGCAAAAACCAAAUGGUCACAACUACAUUAUACAACCACCUGGACAUGAUUCGAACAAAACUAAUCAUCAUUUUUCGUUGCCCAGUUGUGUUCCAUCCAGUACACUUCAGAAAAUAAUAGGUGAUGUAUUCGAUUUUUCAGAAAAAACUCCCGUCAGUGAAGAUUAUCAAGAUACUAUUAGAAUGCUAAUCUUAUUGUCUAAUGGAGAGCAACGAUUAAUCACUUUUUCAUUGCCCAACCAAGCUUGUACCAUUCAGGAGAUUUUGGAUCAAGUAGGAGUACCGUUCACACCAGAAACUCCAAUUGAAGUGUCAGAAGCUAAUACCAAUGGAAUUAAUUAUGUUGUUACUGUUGGGUACUUGCUUAGUCAGCAAAAUGAAAAACAACAGGAGACUAAUUUUCAAAUUGUUUCUGAAAUAACAAACCCAUGUACUGGUGCGGUAAGGGAACCAACACCUGAACCAGCGAAAGAGCCGGAACAACCAAAGUUCAUUGAAGGAAAAAUGGCCGUUUGUGGAUAUUGUGGCUAUUUAUCUGAUGACUUCAAUAAAUGUCUGAGGUGUAAAACUAAAUUUCCCGAAAAUGUAAAGACUGUAACAGCAACUGCAAAGAAAACAGACAAUAUAAAACAAAAGAAGAAGAAGGAAGUAACAAAUUCAAUCAAUGCAAAUACAAAUGGUACCAAAGAGACAAAUGUAGCUAAAAAGAAACCUGCUAGUAGAGGAAAAACGACCGAACAUGAACCAAUUAUUCUAGAACUCAGCUCAGAUGAUGAAGAUGAUCAAGAUACACCAGUAGGUCCAGUGAACGAAAAUAUCUUACAUAAACUAGGAUCAUCUAUCACACUGAGCCCUAUUAUUAAGAAAGAACCUUCAAUAUCUGAUAUUCAGAAAAGCACCUUGAAUAACAACCAGUAUGAUAUUCCUCUAGAUAAUUCAAAGAGUAUACUACUUCAAUGCAGAACUGUUCGUAUAGGGUCCUAUAGAACGUUUGCCAAAGAAAAUGUAAUCAUAAAUUCAUCUUGUAUGAUUAUGAAAGUGGCACAUACCUCAAACAAGAGCGUGACGACAUUAAGGAUAGAAAGAAGUGAUAUUGUGAAAGUAUUAGUCUGUUUCCAGAAACAGUUGCCAGUCUUAUUUUAUUAUUUGAAGCCGUACAUGGGAAAAACUAUCAGAGACUUAUUGGGAAUGAGUGAUAAUGAUGUGAAUUAUUACGAUCCGUUAUCAGAUAAUGAACCACACAGGAGACUGACCAUUCUCCCUGAAAAUAUACCCGAAGAUGUAAGGGCGGCAUUAAUAGAAAUUUACAGACCGACAAUGAAUGAAGGUUUAUUGGAUGAACUGACAUUGAAAGAAGCCAAUGAUAUUCUCAUUAAAACUUGCCCUAAGGAAUUGACUAUGGCUAAUCUACAGCCGACCGCUGGAUCAAUUCUUGAAGUGAAGCAACUAUUCACAUAUCCACCAGAAGGAAGGGGUAGAAUAUCCAUUAACACUGAAGAUUAUAUGUGUUUAGCGUCGGACCAGCUUUUGAAUGAUGUCAUAAUUGAUUUUUAUCUGAAAUAUUUGGUAAAUGGGUUGAUUCCCGAGGAGCAAGAGAAGAUACAUGUAUUUUCAACAUUUUUCUAUGAAAGACUCACAACCAAACCACUCAAAGGUUUCAGGGAUAUUAACCCUUCUGAAUUAGACCCCCAUCUGACUCCAGCAGAAAAGAGACAUUCGAGGGUGAAGACUUGGACGAAAAAUAUAGAUUUGUUCAAAAAAGACUUUGUAAUAGUUCCAAUCAAUGAGAACUGCCAUUGGUUUUUGGCUAUAAUUUGUUAUCCAGGCUUAGAUGGGUGCCAAACGUUUGAUGGUAAUCCUGUAAAGAUUGAAAUAGCUCCCAAGAAAAAAAUUCGUGCAAAAACAACUAUUGGCAGUGUCACCAUAACCCCCAUGAAGAAGGAGGAGAUACCUUGUGAAGAUCUUGAAAGUAAUCAAGAUGAAGCUGAAGGUGAUGAAAGCGAAUUAGAGAGCGAUGAUUCAACCGAUGAGACACAAAGAGUAACUUCUCAUGCUAAUAGACCUCCGAUUAAGCAGCCCUGCAUAUUAAUAUUCGAUUCUCUUGCCGGAACUGGUAGGAGUAGGGUUGUCGCUACACUUAGGGACUACUUGACCUGUGAAUAUAAAGCAAAAUAUAACAAAGAGAAAGUUUUCACCAAGGAUGUAAUCAAAGGGGCUUGCCCAAAGGUACCUCAGCAGACCAAUUUCACUGAUUGUGGUUUGUACUUAUUACAAUAUGUGGAACAUUUCCUAAUGGACCCGAUUAAAGAUUACUACAUUCCAAUAAAAGGUUUGAAGAACUGGUUCGAUGAAUUUACCGUAACAAGAAAAAGGGAAGACAUUAGUAUUUUAAUUAAAAAGUUAAUGAUAGACAACAACAAGGAUAUUGGAAUGUUGCCUGAGAUAAUGUUCCCUACGAAGAAUGGCGCUAUCGUGGAUCAGUUUGCCGAUGACGAGGAAAUGGAAGAGGAGAACUUUGACAAUGAAGAUUUUGAAAGUCCUCCCAUAGGAAGUGAAACAGAGAUAGAUACAACUAUGUCUGUACAAGAAGAAGAACUAACCCAACCUGGUAGUGUUUAUAUUCAAUCGUCAAGUGAAAGUGUAUGUGAGGAAAAAAGUGAUGAUACAGUUAACAAUUCAGAACAUUUGAAGACUGAUAUAAGUGAAUUGACUAUAGUGAAACCGCAGAGUAACAGGGACACAUUGUCUUAUCUCAAGGCAAAGCGUAUAAUUAGAAACAAACAUAUGGAGGGUCCUUGUAAAAAGGCAAAAUUCUCACAUUAAGGUUUUUACUCGAUUAAUUUAUGAGUUUUUUUUUUAUGAAUUAUGACAUUGAAGUAUUUCAUUUUGUCACUAUUUAAAUUUAUGUUUUAAAGUUGAAACCUUGAAAAAUUUGAGUCUUGUAAAAUAAAAUUGUUAUAAAUAAUUUUUGUUGCCUAAAUAUUAACCAGUUAACUUCAUUUGAAUUAUGCCAGUUUUGGAAAAUCAGAUAAAUAUUGUUGUUAUGUUACACUCAGAAAAAAAAAUUACUGCAUGGGCAAAAGACUGAUUUAAAAUUUGACUUCUUCGAAUAUUUUUUACCAACAUAAAAAAAUUGUUUUUUUCUUUUCGAAAGUGGAUAUUUUUUUAACUGUAUUGCAUAUCUGUGAUUUCAACUUGAAAAGUAGUUGUGGACAGCUCUAUUAUUUUGAUGGGGACUGGUCUUCAAUUUUUAAUUUAUUUGAUUUCAAUGAGAAAAAAUUUUAGUUUAGAACAAAAUUCCAUUUCCUAUUCAAAGAGUAGAGGUUCUCUAUUCACGUGUUUUUGGGUUGAAAUGGUGAUAACACGAGGAUUUUCUAAUUAGCCAUAUUUGUCGAUGCAGUUAUUUUUUUUCAAGUUCUCCCAAAGACGAGUUGAAAAUGACAUUAUUUAAUUGUCUCGAACUUUUGUGAAUAUCGUUCAUUCGAGUAAGAUUGAGAUAUUUGGAAGAAAUGUUUGAGAAAAAUUGUACUAUUUACAAAAUUUUACUCUUUAAUAUUCCCGGCUGCUCUUAUUAAGAAUUGUUCAUUUUAAUAUUGUUACAAAAUGAUUUUCUUUAAUGUAUAGUUUAAUUGAAUCUGGAGCGUGGAUAUUGUAUAUUAUUGUCAAUUAUGGAUGAGCAAGUUGCUAUCUCCAUCUUAAGUAGCAGCAAAUACUUGAUUAUAUUAAAUCUUGGUAUUAGUUGGCAUUGUAAAUAAAUUUUUGUUAUCAAAUGGCAAAAUAUUGACAGGAUGUUGGUGCUAAACAAAUAAGAGUCAUUCAAUACAGAAUAGACGUGUAAAUUGGUAAUUUAAUUUUUUCACUUUGAAGAUCAGUUAUCCUGUUUUCAUUUAGUUCCUUACUGGAAGUGAGUCGACAGAUCGAUUUGAACACACUUAAAAAUUGUACUACAUACAUGUAGUGAAUGUAUUUUUUUUUUUAAUGGAUGUAUGUGUCCUUUGUAUGAAGAAGCAAAAAUAAACUGUACAUAUUUGUUUUUUCGAUCAUAUAUUGUUGAAUUGAAAUUAUGUGUAAAUAUUAUUCUUAAGCUCUUUCUACAAAGAUGAAUAAUUACUUUUUUUUAGUAUAAAAUCUGUUUUUCUAGUGUUUCACAUGAGAAUAAAUCAGUAAAUGGAAUAAACAUCAAAUGUACAUGUAUUAAAA